GUAGUGGUCCUGAGCUUGUCUAGCCGGUUCUUGAAAGUGUUUGUGUUUUCAGACAUUAUGAUCUCCUGAGACAGCUUGUUCCAUGCUGAGACUACUCUGUUUGCAAAGAAUUUUGCUCGAGCUUGGGUCCUGGACCUCCGUAUCUCAAGUUUGAGCUGGUGACCUCUGGUCGUCCUUCCGUGGUGGCUAGUGAAAAAUUGACCUGGGCGUACGUUCAAUUUCCCCUUAAGAAUCUUAAAUGUUUCUAAAUCUCCUCUUCUGAUCCUUUCUUCCAUACUUGUCAUGUUUAGUACUUUCAAACGUUCUUCAUAUGGUACUCUUUUCAAUCCAUGGACUAGUUUCGUGGCCCUCCUUUGUAUUUUUUCAAGUGCUUGCAUGUCCUUAUUCAAAUAGGGACCAGCCGCUUGCACACAGUGCUCAAGAUGAGGUCUAACAUACACCGAAAAAAGGGUUUUGAAGUUAUUCACUGUUAGUUGACCAAAGGUCAGCCUCAGUACCCUGAGGGCAGACAUGGCCUUGUUUGCUGACUUAGAACAGUUCAAUGAAGGUUUCAGUGUGUUGGUAAUGUACACUCCAAGGUCCUUUUCUACAAGAGUUUCCUCAAGCAUUUGUGGCCGCCCAGUUACUGUUUUCAUUGUGUAAGUGAAUCCAGGAUUUUGGGAGCCGCAAUGCAUUACUUUGCAUUUUUCCAAAUUGAAUUGCAACAACCACUCUCCAGACCACUUGGCUUCUAGGAAGGCAGCAAGAUGAAUAGCAAAAUAAACAGCGAUAGGAAGAAGCGGCCUGGGCUGAAGAUCUCCAUGAGUGAAUCGCCAACCCCAUCCCAGCUGACGCCGCCGCGCAACCUGGACGUGCGCACCACGCUGCGCAUCGGCACUGAGACGCUGGACGUGCAGGCCGCGGAUAUGGACGUGCUGGAGAACCUGGGCCGCGGCGCGUACGGCACCGUGGACAGGAUGCGCCACCGGCCCACCAGCACCGUGAUGGCCGUCAAGCGCAUUCCCGCCACGCUGAAUUCGGAUGAGACCAAACGCACCCUGAUGGACCUGGACAUCUCUAUGCGCACCCUGGACUGCGACUACACUGUUCAGUUCUACGGCGCACUCUUCCAGGAGGGUGACGUGUGGAUUUGUAUGGAAGUGAUGGACAUCAGCCUCGACAAGUUUUAUCAGAAGGUGUUUGCGCACAACGAGACAAUCCCUGAGCCGAUCCUGGCCCGCGUCGCCUAUUCGGUGGUGUCGGCUCUCCACUACCUACACACCCAGCUGAAGGUCAUACACCGCGACGUCAAGCCGUCCAACACACUCUGUGACCGUCAGGGACGCGUCAAAUUGUGCGACUUCGGCAUCUCGGGCUACCUGGUCGACUCCGUGGCCAAAACGAUCGACGCCGGGUGUAAGCCGUACAUGGCUCCGGAGCGAAUUAACCCGAUGGGCGACAAGAGUUACGACAUUCGCUCCGACGUCUGGAGCCUGGGCAUCUCCAUGAUCGAAAUCGCCACUGGCAAGUUCCCAUACCGAAUCUGGGGCACCCCGUUCGAGCAGCUGAAGCAGGUGGUGGCCGACCCGGCGCCGCGCCUCCCCAAGGAGGGAUUCAACUUCUCCGUCCACUUCGAGGAGUUUGUCUCGCUCUGCCUGCAGAAGGACUACCGGGAGCGACCCAACUACCCGACCCUGCUCCAACACGGCUUCAUCGCCGGCGCCUCCGACAUGCCCGAGGGCAUGGACACGUUCAUCGCGCGUAUCCUGGAGCUGCCGGCGGCUUCGGACGCUGUGUAGCGGCGUCCCGGGGGCGGCCGAGCGGCGAGUACAAACUGAGAGGGUGCCGCGCGCGACCGGCGGCCGGCGGUGCGGGAGGGGUGCGCGGCUGCCCGGCACGCCUGGCGCGCGCUGUGAGGACACGGUGUGUGAGAACUGUGAGAGAAGACCCGGUGAGAGCAGUGAAAGGCGCGCGCGGAGCGGUGGAACGGGCGCCUCCCGCCGCGGCGACGGUGUGUGUUACGGAGCCUAGCGCCCGGCUGGCGAAGCUCGAGUGUCGGCUGCCGUCCAGAGAUGGCGCCACGGGGCGCCGUGUGUGAGUGCUGGUCGUGGCUACCGUUUUAUUACUGUGGAGUGUGUGAGUGCGGCGGCCGCCACGUUUGACUUUGUUGAAGGUUUAAUCAUACCACACGCCUAAAGAGGCGGUUUAAGUUGUAUAGUGACUUCGAGAGGCGCUGUGCCUUUUCAGUUGCCGAUCGCAGUUGGGGCGUCUUAUUUUUGAGUAUUUGGGCAGCGUUUUGCCGGGCGUUGGGCCCGGCCGUGCUGCCGGCGCUGUGCUCGCCGUGCCUAUCCCCGGACUGUGCUGAUAGCCUCUGCCGCGGUGCUCCCGCGCGCCACGGUACACUCUGCCGGGGUGCACGUCUCAGAUGACGUCACCACAUUGGUGGGCCGAGUCUGUCCGGGUUUGUGCCUGCAAUAUCGUUGAACGCCAACUCCGCCCAAAGUCGGCUGGUAUCGUGCGUGUGCCGUGCUGAUUCGAGAACGAUAUGUACCGUACUGGCACUGAUCGAGCACGAUGUGCACCGUACCGAGUCGCUCACAAUGUGUACAGUGCUGGUUCGGUGCGGUAUGUGCGGUACCGUGAGCGCCCACUGAGCCGUGUGACCGACUGCGAGCGAGAUGUGCGAUACACCAAUAUACCUGCGUCAGAAA